AUGAAGAACAUGAAUACUAACAUAGAUUCCAGAGAAAAGAAUAUGAAAAUCGAAAAGAACAAAAAACAACAGACUCGAAAAGAAUCAAACAUUAAAGAUAUACAUAAUAAGUACAAUAUAAAGAUAAAAAAAACAUACUCAAAAAAUAAAACUAAUGACAAAGUAGUUAUUGAUACAGCUGCUGGUAUACAUUUGGUACACAAUAAAGACUGGUUAUUAAACUUUUCAUCAUUGAUAAAAGGACCAGAAUAUUGGGGUGUAGGGGAUGAUAGAAACCCAAUAGAAAUACUUGGAGAAGGGAUACUACCAAUUAAAGGAGGUAGAAAUAAAAUAAUUGGUGUUACAGCAUACUAUUCUCCAAAACAAGAUGCAACAAUUUUGUCUGCAGACAAACUAUAUCAAGAAACUGGCAUUACCUUAGACAAAGGGUAUGAAUCGCUAGUGAACAAAGAAAAUGAGUUUGAUACGAAAACCUUAAAAUUAGGAAACACCAUAUGGGUCGAUACAGAUAAAAUUAUAGCUGUCAAGAUGACUGAUAAGAUAAUUAGAGCAGUUAAACCUAUUAAUCCAUUAGCGAUAAAACCUAAUAUCACACUUUUAGAAGCUCACUUACGUUUAAAUCAUUUUCCAGCCAGUGGAAUAAUAAAAUCAAUAGAAAUGAACAAUUUUGAUGAUGUGAAAAUGAUAAAUGAUAAAAAAAAUUCUAAAAAUAUAUGGUGUGAGAUAUGCGCUUCAGGUAAAUUACAUCGACACUUUCAUUAUACUGGUUCUAUGAAUCACUACACUUCACAAAAGGAACCAGGUGCUUCUUGGAGCUUGGAUAUAUUUGGUCCUGUUGAGCAUGUUAAAGAAAGAUAUUUACUCAUAAUGGUGGAUAGUGUAUCGAGAUUUAUUAUUGCAACAACCCAUAUCAAGAAAAAUAAAAAUGAAAUAGGAGAACAAAUUGGAUACAAUAUAAAUUGGAUUGAAAAACAAUUCGAUGUAAAAGUUAAAGAGUUAAUCAUGGAUAGGGGUAAAGAGUUUGACAAUCACGUAGUUGAAGAAUUAGCUCACGAAAACGGUAUUAAUAUUAUAUAUACUUCUACUGAAGAUCACCAAGCUAAUGGAAGAGCUGAAAGAGGUAUAAGAACAAUUAUUGAGGACACAAGAACAUUAUUGCUACAAUCAAGACUUCCCUUAAGGUUUUGGACAUAUGCAGCUAAAGCUUCAGUGAAUGUGAGAAACUGCGUAUAUAACAAAAAUGUUGGAGAAUCACCAUUAAUGAAAAUAUCAAAACAUAAAGUGAAAAUUAAAUUAAGAUCAUUCAUACCAUUUGGUGCCCCAGCUAUGAUAUGGGAUUACAGAAGCAGAAAAACAGAAGCACCAGGAAAAAGGGCUAUAACACUAUCCAAGGAUCCAAAAGGUUUUGGAUAUUAUUUUUAUGUACCAAAAGAAAAAAGAGUGAUAAGUACCACAAAUUAUAUAUUACCAGAUUAUACAAUAAAUCACAGUUUAAAUGAGAAGAAAGGAUAUGAUAUUAUUGGUACAUUUUUACAUGAGGUCAAAAACAAAAUUGGAGAUAUAAAUGACAUUGAUUAUGACGAGAAUGAAAUAGUAACAUUGUUACCAUCAGAUUUUGAAAAUGAACAUGAUAAUCUGGUAGAUGUUUUACACGAAGAUGAAAUAAGAGUUAAAGAACAUUUACUAAAUGACAUCCAAGAAGAAAUUAACGAUGUAACGCCAAUUAUUGAACCUAGAAGCAUAGAAAAUAUUAAAUUAGAUGAAUUGUUUGACGAUUUUGAAGUUGAAGAAGAACAUAUCAGCGAGGAAACGGAAUCAAGAGAGUCAUUAGGAGAAGAGCUGAUUACUUCUCAAAAUACUGUAGACACAGAACAGGAUGAACAAGAUGAACUGAAUGUGAACAAAUAUGAACCAGAAACUAAUUAUAAUGAUAAUAAUAAAAAUACUGGUGUCGAACAAUAUCCGGAAUUAAACAGCACAUAUAAAUCUCAAGAAAAUGAUCAAGCUAGUUUCAUGCAAGACUCAUUGGUAAGUAAAUGGAAGGAUAUAUUGAAAAAUAAGAUUGAACAGGAAGAAAUUAAAACAAACAUUAUUGAAGACUCAUUUAAACAUAGUAAAGCAUAUGCCUUGGAGAAACUUAACGAAACACAUACAACAGAAAAGAAAUUAGAAACUGAUAAACAACUAGUCUUAGAGAAUGACCUCAAUAUAACACUACAGGAACCUGAUACUCUUAAUAUAGAACAAGAAGACACACAAAAAGAAAAAGAUAAUGUUGAACAACGGAAAGUAUCAGAAAUAGAAUUAAGCAAUAAUGAAGGCGCAGAAAAUAUUUUGAAACAUGAAGAAAUAACAACAAUGGAUACAAACAUAACAGGUCAGAUAGGACAUAAUUUAAAGAAAUCAUCAAAAUCAUUGAGAUCAACUAAUAAUAAAUUACAUCAAGAAAUUAAUGACAAUGUUAAAAAUUUUAUAAAACGGAAGAUAGAAACUGAACACAAAAAGGAAAAGGAAAAGAACAAUGAAAAUAACAGUUUACAACAAGUUCUAGAAAGAGAAAAGGCACUGGAAAGUAAUGAUAUUAGUGUUGCUAAGAUUGACGAAGAACAAGAAAAGUAUUAUGAUGCUAAAGAAUCUGUUUCACUAGUAUCUACAUUACCAAAAGAGGAAGAUAAUUUAACUAAAUCAACCAAUACUACAGACUGGACAAAAAAAAACUUUACUUCCUUAAGGAAACCUAAAAUUAAAGAAUUAAAGAAAAGAUUAUUAGAAAACAACUUCGAAGAAACCAAUCUUGAUAAUAUCCCCAAGAUUAAUUUAACUAAUAUUGAUAAAAAAAAUAAAGACUUACACCCUAAGAAGAUUUUUAAGAAGAAAAAGAUAAUUCGUUAUAUUACUCCUACAGAAAAAUGGGAAGAAUUCACACCUGAAUCACGGGGGGAAAGUGUUCCAGAAAGAAAGAUUAGAGCAUUAUUUUAUAAACAAGCUAUAACUGAGAAUCAAAAUUUAGAAGAAAAGAUUAAAUUCAUAGAAGCGUAUAAUAAAGAAUUACAAAAUCUAGUUAAUAUGAAAGUAAUUGAUUUGAAUAUUGCCAUAGACAAAAGUAAAAUACAAAAGGAUAAAAUCGUAGGAACAAAUUCUAUUUUUACGAUUAAGAGAGAUGGAACUUAUAAAGCCAGAAUUGUUUGUAGAGGCGAUCAACAAACAAGCAGUAGUUAUAAUGAUAUUGAAACAUCCAUUUUAAGUCUUGAUUCAUUGCGAAUUCUAUUGAUUAUUGCUAACAAUAAGAAGAUGAAAUUAAAGACUUUAGAUAUCAACCAUGCAUUUUUAUAUGCAACCUUAAAUGAAGAGUUGUAUAUACAACAUCCAAAAAAUGCAAGAAAGGUUACUCCAUUAAGAAAGGCAUUGUAUGGACUAAAACAAAGCCCUAAAAGAUGGAAUGAAACCUUAAAAGAGUCUAUGAAUGGUAUGGGUCUAUAUGAUAAUAUUUACUCACCUGGAUUAUUCGUUUCAAAGGAUGGUAAUUUAAUGAUAGCAGCAUAUGUUGAUGAUUGUAUAAUUGCUGCUAGAACAGAUCAAGAAUUAGAUGAAUUUAUAAAUACAUUGGAAAAACAAUUCUCAAUAAAAAUAGUUGGUGGAAUGAAAAAUAAUAUGCUUAAUACAGAUAUUUUGGGAAUGGAUUUGAAUUAUGAUUAUGAAAAAGGGGAGAUAGCAUUAAGCAUGACUAGCUAUAUAAAGAGAUUAGAAAAGGAACAUCCAAUGAUAUUAAAUGAUAAAUUAAAAGAAGAAAUGAUUCCAGAUAUUGAUAAGUUUAAAAUAAAUCCAAAACAAGAUAAAUUAAUUAUGACUAAAGAGGAAUACAAGAAGAAAGUAAGAUAUUUACAAGAGUUAAUCGGUAAAUUAAAUUAUAUUAGGUCUAGAGGAAGAAUUGAUAUAGAAUGUGCAGUAAGUAAAAUGGCUCGAUUAGUUUUAUAUCCUCAUAAAAAGGUAAUUGAGUUAACCGAACAAAUACUAAAAUAUGUUUAUAAAACACAAGAUACAAAGACUGUUUUUAAAAGAGAAGAAGUAGAAAAUAUAUCAAACAUCACGGUGAUUUCAGAUGCUUCGCUAGCAUCUGAAUUUGAUCUUAAAUCAAGAUGUGGUGCAUUAAUAUGGUUAGGAAACAAUUUUUUCCAUGGAUUUUCAAAAAAAUCAUCAAUUUUAUGUACAUCAUCAGCAGAAGCUGAAUUAGAUGCCAUAAAUCAGGCUGAGAAAAUUGCAUUGCUAUUAAAAUUGAAAUUAGAAAAGAUGAUGGAUUUUAAAAACAUAAGAAUAUGUGUAAUUACUGAUUCCAAACCAGCAUUGGACUGGUUGAAACAAGAUUAUUUUAAAGCAAGAACCAAAUUUUUGGGACUUAGAAUUGAAAGAUUAAAAGAAAGAAUAUUAGAUUCAGACUUAAGUCUAAGAAAAAUCAGUGGAAAAGAAAAUCCUGCAGAUCCAUUAACAAAAUCCACUACUAAUAAAGAUAUAAAUAAAUUAAGAAUGAUUGUACAACAUGAAUUAACACCCAAAGAGUUGCUUCCAAUCACUGUCCUCUGGAAUGCUGGUAAUGGAAAUCAUUAA